UUAUAACACAAGCGAUGUCUAUAUUUGGUAACAUUCGGUCGGUAUUUUUUUUAUUUUCUUCUUUAUUUUAGGUAUGAUAGUGAAAUUGAAAACCACACAUAUACAUUGUGUAGUACAAUCCAAAACACCAAUUGAAUCUGUUUUAAAAGAAUAUAUAAAGAUAACUAAUAUUCAGAAUUAUUUAUAGAAUGCAUUACAUGUAUUUGAUAUGAUAUGCAUUACUUUGAAACAUAUACUUUGUAAUAAUAUUCUUAACACUGAACACUUAUAAUAUCGCUAUUUCCCUAUCCAGCAUUGAAUUCAUACGGAUACGUGUAUAUAAGGGCGGCGUGUAAACAUUCCACAACUCCUACGAAACAUUUUAGACUGGUGAGAGUGUGGUGUGUGCUCUACUACGCUGAUGAAGUACACGUAAAACAUAGAAACAUACAAUCCUGCCAUUAUCGUGAGGUUAAAGGUCGCACACGAGGAGAGGGGAAAACGAAUAUCUCUAAGGAGGGGUGACUUUCCAUCAACUUGAUUUAUUUUCGCAUUGAGGCGUAAUCGGUACAUAUGACGAUUGAAGAAGUAGUCUUUUCAAUACCUUUAAAAGGGCGUUGGGUGUGAAAGUGAAGCCGGGCAACAGCAUUUCUUUUUUUCCCGAGUAUCUCAAUGGCAUGGUAAUGUAUAUUAAUGACUGAUAAGAAUAUCUAUUUUGUACAAAAAGAAGAGAAACCUAAUAAAAGUACAUUACGCUUUUAGUGGACAGAAAUAUAUACGGAAGAAUUAUAAGCUUACAAGACAAUAAUUAUCUAUUCACAAAUAUUACGUACUCAUGUACCUGCUUUGAGGAUAAACAAGGUUUGAAAUCAUUAAAUACUGGUGUUAUUACUGAAAUAUAAAGACGGGGUAAUUUUCAUUGCAUUCAAUUUUUGGUGACAAAAUGACAGCUAAUGGCCCUUUACAAUGUAACAGAACACAAGUGACUCGAUCGACAGAAAAAUGUAUGGAUAGAUACUAACUAACACUGAGCGCAGACUUCAAACUAAAUAGGACAGAGUAAAAAUCAUUCUACAAUUCAACAAUAAAACAAUCAAGUUCAAAUAAAUUUCUAGUAUCCUCUAAUUCCUUUUCCCCUCUACUUUCGUUUUCAAAUUUAAGUACGCUGGCACGCUUUGUGUACUUACUAACCUGCAACCUUUAAAACAUGACAAGCAUGUCGAUGUUCGAAAUAAUAACAUCCCACGUAACCUAAAGAUUUUCUAUAAAGCUAACUUAUAAAACGCAAAAAAUAUGCCAGAAACUAAUUUGAUAUGCUACAAAAUUGAGCUACCUGCGGUGGUGGUGUGGGUGGUGUGGGGGUAACAGGUUUAGAUAGAUAAACGCCUUUCUUUUAAGUUUAAACUUAUUUCAAUACAGACAUCUAACAGAAAGGAACUGAAUUUCAGAAGAAAAAAUCAUUCAUUUAUUAAAUUAUAAAUAUUAUCAUUUUCUUAAGUUUGGAAAAUUUUAGAAGUUUCAAUUCAUAUAAUCUUUCUGGAUUACGUUUGACCACAAACUCGGCCGGUUUGAGAAGUCAAUUGAGGAACUAGUUAUUCAACUCAGAGAAAGUAUGUCACAUCCUGAUGAUUGCUGAUACUACUUGGAGCCAAGUUCUACAAAUCAUGGUGUAAGAAAACACCCUAUAUUAGCUUUUCACGGCCGGGCGUAUUAUGUACCGUUGGCGGUAGUCUUGUUCAUUGUAGUUAAUCGCUUCACAUAACCAACAAACUAGACAAUGUUACAUUAAAUAAAUGUAGGGAUACAUGUUAUUCAUGUUCUAUGUAUGGUGUAAAUCUACUUCAGCGCCCCCCCCCUCCUCCCUUCCCCUGUCACCAACACACAUAUAUCGCUGUACGUAUGUACACACUUUAUACAACAUGAAUGGAAAACAGUGAACAGUCGUUUAUGAAUGGAAUACAUACUAACAAACCAACAGAAUGGUCGGGAAAUAUGAUGAAAUCUAUAUGCUGUAAAUUACACACAAUAGCAGCCUUUUAUACAGUUUAUGUAUGUAGGCCUGAGGUGAUGUUUAUAUAAGGGAUUUCAUACAGUACUAGUACUUGCAUAUUAUAGAUAUAAUGUAAUGUUAACCCUUUAUCGCAUAUAGACAUAAUUAAUGAGUCUUAUAUAGGAAACAAAUUUUAAAAACAACAACAACAAAAGCCACUCCCCCAAGAGGAAACUAUCGAUCUUUUUGUAAUUGUUCAGAAAUAUAUACGUGGUACUAGUUGUUUUGAUUUUGCUUCAAAUUAACAUGGAAGCAUUAAAUUGUACCAAUGUAAGCGAUAUACAUGAUAAUGAUAGUAUCAUCCCCUCUCUAUCUUUUCUCACACUUUUGAAUCUUUAAAUAGUCACUUAUACAUUGGAUGAUAUCUAUGUAAUUGUAUUUCAUCUAAAGGGGUUCCAUUCAAUAUCAAAACGCUCUGUUUACUUGACCUAGUUAGGAAUCUAGGCCUGUGUUACGUAAAUGCACGACGUAAAUGUGAUAUUGAAUUUCCUAAGGAUUGCCGUUGUACAUAAAUUGUAAAUCAGAUAAUUGAUUUCCAUAUAAAUCAAGCUUUGAAUUUAACUCUAGUAAAUUUCCAGAGAUGGAGUGGAACUUGUUGAGCUUUGAGAGAGAGAGAGAGAGAGAGAGAGAGAGAGAGAGAGAGUGUUUUACGUCAUGUCACACAUGCACAUCAUUGUUGUUUUGUGUGUUUUACAUCACGUCAUAUAUUUUGACACGUAUGCGUGUAGUUGACCUGCAGACUGGUUCUUUCACGCACAUGUACUCUCCGUUAACACAUUGUUAUUGGACAAGACAAGUAGUUUCGAAAUUGAUUGCAUGAAUAAUCGUAGUAUGAGUAUCAUCAUUUGCUAUAUAUAAGCAAAUGGUACAAAAACUUGAAACACAACCCAAUCUUUUCAUUUCUUUUGUUUGCCUUUUCUUAGUUCCCAUUUACACUCUCAUGGUCAAACAUUUUAGCAUAAAAAUGGUAUUGUCACCAGAAAUACACAUGUAAAAUAUGAAAGAACUAUCACGAACCAUUAAAAAUUUAUGACAAAGGUUAAAUUUGUUUAAAACGUAGGUCAAAAUUCCAAGGUUACAAGGUCAAAUAGUUUGGUACCAAAUCAAGGGUCUUGUCACAAGAAAUACGGAUGAUAUAAAAUAUGAAAACCACAUCAUCAUCCAUUGAAAAAUUAUGACCAAUGUUAAAGUUUUUGCAUACAGACAGUCAAACAGAUAUCCCAAAAUUCCUCCCAUGGUGAUAAAAUUUUAAUGUACCAAGUUGCAAUAUCCUGGAGCUUACUGUUCGGUUGGUAUUCUGCCUACAAGGUUUUCCUACAAAGUAAUGCUACGACCUUGACCUUUGACUUCUGACCUUGAAAAACGAUAGGCAUCUUCCUCUCAUCAUGGUGAGUUGUAAUAUCAUGGAGCUCCCAUGGUGAUCAAAUUACUAAGUUGUAAUAUCCCGGAGCUUACGGUUCGGUUUGUAUCAUGCCCACAAGGGUUUCCUACUAGGUUUUCCUACUAAACGAUGCUACGACCUUGACCUUUGAUCUUGAAAAACAAUAGACAUCUUCAUCUGAUCAUAGUGAUCAAAUGUACCAAGUUGUAAAAUCCUGGAGCUUACGGUUCGGUCUGUAUCCUGCCCACAAGGUCCAGACGGACGACGCCAUACCAUAAUCCGUCCCGUUUUCGACGGGCGUAUAAAAACAUGAUCAUUCAUAAAAUGUAUAAUGGCGAAUUAGAUGAACAUAACAGAAUUACAUAUCAUCACAAAAUGAGCAUGUUUGAAUGUUACAAACAUUGUCAAUGACUAAAUGUCAAAAUGAGCAUGUUUGAAUGUUACAAACAUUGUAAAUGACCUAAUGUCAAAGGUCAUAAUGAGCAUGUUUGAAUGUUACAAACAUUGUAAAUGACAUAAUGUCAAAGGUCAUAAUGAGCAUGUUUGAAUGUUACAAACAUUGUCAAUGACUAAAUGUCAAAGGUCAUAAUGAGCAUGUUUGAAUGUUACAAACAUUGUCAAUGACUAAAUGUCAAAGGUCAUAAUUUAUAGAUAGGGCGAUAUGCAAUGUAUAUAUACACAUGUAUUAUAUUUCUUGAAUCAGGUUAUUUUACGAUAUAUUUGUAAUAUUUACAAUGGACAAUUUGACGACCUAACAAUGGUGCUGGAACGUUGAAGGUGUUGCACGUCUCGUGUUAAUUUCCAUAAAGGUAUUGCGUAUUGAUAAAAUAAAGUUAUUCAAAUAUAGUGACACCAAUGGGAACUUGAGUCUCUAUUCAAACACCUUUGAAAAUAAGUUUAAAAGAUGUGUAUUAACAAGAAUUAGCCAAAAUAAUUUGAGUUUUAAUCAAAUAAGCGCUUCAUAUGAUUUUUAUCGUUAAAACACAGGGGCAUCCCCGAAUUUCAGAAAAACUGCCAACAUGAAACAAAAUGUUCUUCGAGUUUUCCACUAAAAGAAAGGUCGCUUGGAAAGUUUGUUUCUCGGGGAUAGUUCUUUUUUUUUUUUUUUCUUUUUUUUUGGUUUUUGUAAUUUUCAAAUGCUCGAAACGAUUUUACGGAUAUCAUUUUCGACUUCACCUGUAAGGCUACAUUAAUUGUCCAUAGGCAUAAAUGGCCUUCUGCUUGGUUCAAUGGGUAGAGUUGUAGUCUCUUACAUUGAAACACUACAUUUCAUAUAACCGUUAUCAAUCGACUGUUUUAGAAAAGAAAAUGAACCCGUUUAAUUUAAAAAAACAAACAAAAAACUUUACAUAUAGAAAUUCUCUAUUGAAAGAAACAGAGGGAAUAUUAUUGUUCAUAUUCUAGAUACAAAGUGUUUUAAAUGUGAUUGUAACUGAUGAUUAGUCAGUGACAUGCCUUUGGUUUGAAUGUCACAUGUAUAAAUCAAUAAAAGAGACGAAAAAAGGGUCGUAGUCUUUUAACUAUAAAUAUGUUUUAUUGUGUGUGUGGGUUUUUUUAAACGACCGGGUUCGAAUCUUUCACGGACACAAGUUUUUUAUUUAUAUAUUAUGUUUUACAUCUAGAUUUUUUUUUCUUAAUUGAAACACAUUUUUAGUCUUUAUAAACAUUUCAUGUCAAAUCUAUGUUUAUUACAAUGUGCCGAGUUUGUAAUAACUAAAGUCUUCUAACGUGGACACUGUUUAGUUUUUCUCUCCCCAAGAUGUGAAUCGGACUCGCAGCAAAGAAUACACGUGAUACCUUGAUCCUUUGUUUUAUUAGUCAAAGCUGCUAACCAGAACUUGUACAUGUAUGAUUUUCUGAGUGAAAGGUGAAAGGCUUGCCCUAGGUUUGUACUUGAGAAUCCUACAGGUAUUUUUAUGGCAAAUACCUAAAAAAAAGUUUAAAUCUGGAUGGAGGUCAGUUCUACGUCAGAGUGUUUAAAUACCCUGCAUGGAGUCCCGAUUAUGUUAUUCGAUCCACGGACUUUACGAUAGCAUUUAUUCCGUAAAUGUGACUUUUAAAAACGGAAUAAAUAACAUGAUUAGUUAACAUGUGUAAAAAUUUAAAAGUAUUAGUAACUAUUUAGUCCGUGUGCCGACUGUCUAUAAUUAUAUAUCUUUAUACAUAUAAUCAUGAUAACGAUAUCGUUAAGUCCGCGGAUCGAAUAACAUGAUUAUGCUGAAAUUUGCUAUUGAUGUAGUUAACGAAAACAUUUUGCAAUCUCUUUGAUGCCUUUGAUAUAAUUUGCCAGUAUAUAUGUACGUUACAAAAGACAGCUUAGUGCUACUAUGUAAAGAUACACGAUUUUCAACCAAUAAAAUGGAGUUUAAUAAUUUCUGUCGUAGUUUGAAAUACUUUUAUUUUCUCAGUACAAUAGAAUAUAGAAAUUUCUUCCCCGUGAUUGUGUACGGGUCCUUAACAAGGUGCAAAGCUUACAUCAUAGACAGAAUUUCUUAUAGUUACUGUUGUUCAUUAAAAUAUGAUGAAAUAUACUCAUUGGUAACGUAAGAACCUGCUGUGUUGUAAUAUAUUAUACUUAUCAUUUACAAAGAGUAUUGCACAAUUUAAAUCAAUACCCCAAUACAUGUACACGUGUAUAUAUAUAGAAACCUUUAAUGACCAAAUGACUGACUUUGUCUAUGGUUGGUUUUCACGUUACAGGUAAAGUCAUACUUUUAAAUAUCAUUCGUGACAUCGGAAUUCACUUUGGAUAUUUGACAUAUUAUGUAACACCAUUCGAAAUUUCAAUGACUAACUAACGUACAAACUGUAUAGUGUAAAAUCACAGCGAUAUGUUAUUACCACAGGUACUUGUUUCAUACAUGAGUCCCCCCCCCCCCUCCUUAAUAAUACCACUAUUAAAGAGGGGGACUCAUGUAUGAAACAAGUGUCUGUGGUUAUUACUAUCAGAGUAAUUCAUUUGAGUGUGUAGAAAAUCAGCCACAAGAUCUCGAAUGAGACGUCCCACCGCUAUCCCAAGUCAAGGUCGCCACCGCUAUCCCAAGCCAAGGUCGCCAUCCCUGACAGCAUGCUUACAUGUCGAUGAGGAUAUAUCCCGUACAGCUUUCCUUGUCUAGACACCAGCAGGGGCGGAUCCAGGAAUUGCGGUUAGGGGAACUUUAUGAGGUAGGGUCUAGGGACCGCCUUUAGGUCCCCAGUGGUUUCAGGGUGAAACCCUGGUGGGGGUCCCGGGGCCUUCGCCCCCGGAAGCUCCUGGAUUUUAAGAUGAUUGAGAUAUCCCGAACAGCAUCCCACGUCACGUGCUAUAUGCGUAUGUACAUGACGUGCUGAUCUCGUACCAUGCCAGAGGUGGUAGAUUAAAUUGACCUUUCAUACAUUGAUCGCAAUGUGUAGUAACCACAACAUACAGACAUGAAUGAGUGUUUCAAUAUAUUUAAGGUCAAUGAGACCCUUAUCACUCAUUCAUUCAAUGAUGAUACAUGUAUAUGAACGAAGAUAAGCGGUCAAUGAUUUUUUUUUCUCGUGACGUAUAAAGUUGAUAUAUAAUACCUAACUUGCAGCUAAAACCCGUGGCUAAAUCCAAGAUUUCAAAGUUGAGAGGUUUUCUGGGAACUUGUUCAUGUAAGUAUAUGUAUAAAUUUACUAUAGUUUUGGUUUCAUGUGCCUACACAUCAAUUCAUUGAAGAGAACAAUACGUUAGGGGGAAUCCAAAAUAUCUAAAAAUAACAUUUUAAAAAAUAAAACGUACGGGUUUUAUAAUUCCCAAUAUCAAAAUAUUAGGCCCAGUCUGUGUGUAUAAAUGUAGAUUUAUUCGUACAAUGACAAAUUCAACACGGCUGUGUAUUUCUAGAUGUAUUGAAUGUUUAUUACGGAAGUUUAUCACACGUGAAGGUAGGCUGAUUUAGCACUUUCUCCUCAUUGUAAAAUAGAGUCACGUGGUAUAGUAUUUGACCCGUUAUCUGUGUGUUGUUGAAUGGCAUAACAUAGUAUUUAUCUAUUUUCAUAUUUAAACCCGUCGACCCUAUUAUCUGGAAAUUGAAGUAAAAACAAAUGAGACCAUUUGAUCUUAUUUUUGCACCGACCUGACACGAUUUUCCUGCUUGGGAAUUUUCUUUUGUAGUUAUGAGAAUAUCGUGCUGUGAGAGAGAGAGAGAGAGAGAGAGAGAGAGAGAGAGAGAGAGAGAGUCAAUAACAUAAUACUGUGAUAAAAAAUGAAGAAAUCUAAUUUGCGUGUACUUUUUAUGUUUUUUUUUUUUUACCAAUCGUACAGGGCCGUGAGUGGUCCCAGGCCCCUCUUCUCCUUCCGUAUUGUACAGGACCGUGAGUGGUCCCAGCCCCCUCUUCUCCCUCCGUAUCGUACAGGGCCAUGAGUGGUCUCAGCCCCCUCUUCUCCCUCCGUAUCGGAGACUGAGUUAUACCAGUUAUCUAUUAUUUCCAUGUCAAGUCAGACUACGCAGACGAAAAAAUUCAACAACACAACAUACGACAACACGAAAUCCCAUUAAGAAACAGAGCUAAAUGACAAGGGGUGGGUGGGAGAGGAGGGGUCCAGGAAGGAGGAGUGAUUCACAGCAAUUUAAUUUUAAAAGCAAUAUUUAUUCAAUAAAUUUAUGGUACUGGGAAGCAGGCCUAGCCUAUAUGUCCAUUGUAGAAAAACCUCUGUAUAUAUUAAAAAGUAUCAUUGGUCCUGUGCUUUUAUGUCUAAACUGUCACAACAACUUUGUAAUCUGGGUAAAUUUUUCAAAAGUGCUUUACUCUUCCGAUCUAGCCAGACUAUCACCUAAUAUAUAUAUUGUACUUAUAUAUAUAUAUAUAUAUAUAUAUGUGUGUGUGUGUGUGUGUGUGUGUGUGUGUGUGUGUUAUGUAAACUUGACUUAUAACUCUCUUCAUGUAUGUCCAUCCUCUAAUAUUCAUUCCACUUUUCAAAUUGUAUGAAAGGUGAAGAUAACGAACAGCGAUCAAUCUCAUAAUUUUGUAUACAGCUUUUUUGUUUAUACUCUGUAAUUGAAUAUGUAUCAUGUUGAUGAGCUGUAACGCAAUACAAUAAACCCUCUGCCUGAUGGUCGGACAGGAUAUGUACAUCACAUAAUUGUAUAACACAUAUGGAAUUAUUUAGAAGCCUACAUGUAUAAAAAAAAAUCAACAGCUGAAGAAUGUUUGAAAAUGUCAACAACGCAAUUGAUAUCAUUAAUUGCAUAAAUAAAACCAAAAUCUAGAACAUGCAGAACAUUCUAGAAUGAGUAUUAUAUAAGACGUAUAAUCACAUGCGUUGUAUAGAGAGACAUGUCGGAAGGCAAUGCUAGAGGUUAGUUUUUAUUUGUAUUGACAUUGUACAUGUUGCGAUCAUGAUGAUAGAAAAUGUUUGAUAGUAAAGAAUACUGGGAAUACUAGAGUGUGUAUCAGUGACAAUGUGCAUCUGAAAUCUUUCUAAUUUUAUUUAUUUAUUGUUUAGUUUUAAUCAAUCACCAAAAAUAAUUCUUCUCUGUGACUUGGAACCAAUGGAUUCAUAAUUUGAAAUUACACGUGUAAACAACCUCGGACUAGGAAUAAAACGUAAAUAAGCGAUUUAUUUUGAAUUUAACCCCCCGUGUUAUAGGCUUAUUCUGAUAUAGUGAGGUUAUAUCCUGUUUAUUAAGGCUGGGAAAUGUGUCAUUUAAUGUGACCCCCCCCGGGUCAUCACUGGAUGAGGGAUUAGGUUAUACCUAAAACGCACGGGACGUGUCAGGAGCGGAUCCAAACGUUUUCAAAGAGGGCUACGACCAUAGUUUGCAACUUUCCGUCCAUAGGGGUAGAGGUAAAGACUUUAGAAUAGCAAAAAAGACCACUAUUGUUAAAAUAUUUGGCUAAAGGGUGUUGCAACCCCUGUCUGUCACACCACCAUGCUGCGUGUAUAGAUCUCUGUUGGUUGGUUUAUCCAACCUACAUGCGUCCCAAACUGGUAUAUGACAGUGAUGAAUCUGUUAGAUCCACUCACAUACUUGUUACGUAGCGAGUAUGUUUACAAGGGUAACCAACAUCUAAUUUUAAUUAGGAUGUCUUCUGACCAGGUUCCAAAUUACGAAAUAUAUAUUCUUUUAAAAAAUUCCAUGAUAUAUCUCUAAUUUAUGUCUAUUGAGAUAACAACACGCUCAUCUAACAUGUAUAUAACAUGCAUCGUCAAUAAUGUGAGUCAUCAUCACGUGAAGUGGAAAUUUAACACGUACACGUGUUCAGUGGAAAUGUUCUAUUACAUUAUGUUCAGAUAUUUAGAAAUUUUUGCAUUUCUCAUUGAAUAAAUUCGUGAUCCAAAGUAUACACUAAUCAUACUUCUUCGAGAUUUUUACCCAUUAGCCGUACGUAUAUAGAUCUAUCUAUUUUGUAUAGGUCAUUGUUUGGUGUUUAUAAACACAGACAUGUGUGCCGUGCAUAGUAGAUACACAUGUCGUAUUUUGUGAAUUAAUCGACUACUUUACAAUCAAAGAUAUCAAGUUUUACCUUCAUUAUUAUAAUUAUCAUCAUUUUAAUUAUUAUCAUCAUUAGGUCUAGAUCUAUAAAUUUUAUACUUGCCUUUGUUACGUUUGUAUACCAUAGCUUCAAGUGCACAACAAUAUUCUAGAAAAUUCCAUUGAUGUCACUUUCUAAAAAUAGGUUAUUAGACGGUAUAUAUUUAAGACACAGAAACAAAAUCUUCGUCAUUUUUCACUGAAACGAGACCAGGGAAACACUGUGCUAAUUGAUUCAGUGAUGGAUAAAGCACAGCAGAUAUUUGUACCAAAACCUUGUCUUGGAAUAAAGAGAAGCAAAUCUAUGAAUGAUGCCCCACUCGCAGACUGGGAUAAGUCUACAGCCAUUGAACGGCGAGAAUCGGUUAUCAAAGAGCUCGGGUCGCACAUUUAUUUUUCCCCGCCCGCGGCCGGUACAUCAAAAAAGGGCAUCGACCAAGAAACAAUUCUAAACACUCUGAAGCAAAUAUACGACAAACUGGAUAAAUUGUCGAAAGAGGUUAGAGAAAUGAGAUGCACUUCGAGAGGAAACUCUUCCCUUAAAAGUAUGCGGAAAGCAUACGUGAAGAGAUUUCCAACUAGUAUAAGAACUCAAAGGAAAAGAACGGAAAUACCUAGGAGGAAAAACCAAAGGAAAAGGAUGGAUAUAUCCCGGGAAAAGGGGAAAAUGUACAGAUUUUCAUGGAAGGACUUCAUGAAUACGUUUUCCCAAAUUAUUCAAAUUUCAAACCUACCUGACGAUUCUCUGUCGCGGAGAUUAUUUCAAGAGAUGACACAAUUCUAUACUAAGUCAAGAAAGAGCAAAGCAGAUGAUGGCAUCAUGGAUUUGAAGGCUGUUAUCAAAGACUUGGAUCCGAAAACGAUUUCAGAGACGACGCACGAAAAGUUGCAUGUGAAAGGCGCAAAUGCUGGAACAUUACUUGAUAGUUUUCUAUACAGAAAUUACCACAAUGGUUUGUCAAAGGGACAAACAAAUCUGCAAUUUCAUCCACUCAUAGCAAGAAAUUUUGAAGAAUACGUCGAAAAAGAGUUGUGUUCGCUUCAGACCUCGCGACAACGAGAAGUCGAGUCCUUACCCUCCGGGACUCCGCAUUCUAUGAAUCUAGAGCUUAUACGUUUUGAGACUUUUAAAAACUUCCCGCGCUCCAGUUCAGUAUCAACGAUCAAACUUGCCAAGGAGGGGUUUUAUUACUGUGGCGAUGGAGAUCGUGUCGUCUGCUUUGCGUGCGGAUCUGAAAGGAGCGGGUGGAGAGAUGGUGAUAUUCCAAGAGAAAUUCACCAUCAAAUAUCCCCUCAAUGCUACAUGCUCAAUGCUGGUUCUUCUGAUAACAUUCCCAUCGGAGGAGUUCCGAAUGGUUUCAGUACCAAUAUACAGCCAGCAAGCAUUGGCCAGUCUCGUAGUAUUCCCAAUGCAGGUCGUCAGAAUAUCGUGAAUUCUAACACACCGUCAACGGUCCCAGUCCAGUCGAGCAGUAUUCAUCACAAUGGAAGUAAUCAAAAUGUUGAACAGUCAGAAAAUAUAAGCAACAAUGGCAAUGCACCAGAAACCUCUACCUCAAACGGAGACCAUGCAGCAGUUGUUUCCAACGAUGAUGUUAGUAACAGGCUAUCAGGUCUGAAUUCGAACCCAGAAUCACUACCAAGAAGCGGAGCAUGUGCUCAAAACACAGACGCACACACACCAGAACCUAACACCAACACAGUGCUCAACAGAUCAAGAAACAUACAAGAGAAGAUCAACGCCUAUUUAAGAAGUUUAGACCCAUUAGGGAUUAGCUUUGACCGCCCCAAAUACCAUGCAUACGCGGUCCUGGCAACCAGAAUUAGCUCUUUCAAAGAUUGGCCGACUAGUAUGACGCAAACACCACGUGACCUUGCUACAGCUGGUUUUCUGUACGCGGGGUAUGGUGAUUACACCCGCUGUUUCUUUUGUGGGGGAGGGUUACGUAACUGGGAGGCCGGAGACGAACCAUGGACAGAACAUGCCCGAUGGUUUCCGAAGUGUGCCUUCCUGAGGCAGAACAAGGGUGACGAAUUCGUGGCCUUGGUACAGAUAGAACAUCAAGAACAGGAAGAGCUGGAAGCUGGGGAAACAGGAGAUAUGCCAUCAGGUUCUCCACAGCAUGAGAAUGUGUCGAACGGGAGGAGUCAUCUUGAUAUCGUCACACUGUCUUCAUUUCAAAGUGUCCUGGAAAUGGGUUACUCCACAGAUGUUGUAAAACAGGCAUUCAAUCAGCUGAAGGCCACCAAGGAUCCUUACGAAAUCACCGGACAAAAUCUCAUGGAAGUCAUUCUGUCCAAUGAAGAUAGAAACAACGGUUUAGAUAUUCCACCCCCGAUACACAACUCAAGGCCCCAGAGUAGCGUGGAGGGUGUCCACAGAAAUGUAAACAGCCACCAAAGCAACGGUGGAACAUCACAGGAAAAUCAACCCUCUACCUCAAACGAACCUCAGAUACCCACUCAAGGAGCCAGUGGAAAAUCAGUGAAAUCUCAAAACAGUACAGAUGAUGUGGUUUCAGGAAAUGAAGAAAAAUUGGAUUCCCUUUGUGGCAUUCUACCAUCAAUGUCUCUUGAAGAUACAGCCUCUUUGAUAGAAGAAAACAGAAAAUUGAAGGAUCUCCGACUUUGUAAAAUCUGCCUGGAGAACGACGCCUCUAUCGCCAUGUUGCCUUGUGGUCAUCUCUGUUGUUGUGCAGACUGCGCUCCGGCCAUGAGGAAGUGUCCGAUAUGUCGACAGUUCGUGAAGGGGACUGUCAGGACAUGGCUGGUGUAGAGGAGAGUGUUGGGAGAAAAGGUAACUUCCUAAUCCAACACUUCGUAUUGUAUUUAGUACUGAAAGCUUCUAAUCUAGUUUGAUAAUUAGUUUUUGUCCCCAACUCUUGUCACAACUGUGUAUAAAAUUGCUUAAUUCGUCUACUAAACCGAAGUAUUUUGAAAACAAAAUCCACAUAUCUGUGUGUUAGUGAUGAAGGGUUGUGAUCAGCGCGUACCGUUCAUUGUUCAGAUCGAUUUACCGCCCACUGAAGAAUAUUUCUUUGCGGGGAAGUUUUCAUUCACGUGACGUUUGCUUGAAACUUUGGAUAUUGCAUCAUGGUUUCAAAGAACGUAACAGAAUGAAGAUCUGGAUUAAAGAUCAAACAGCAUCCGUUUAGGACUUUUGAAAUCCUUUGGACUGUAUCCGUUUAGGACUUGAUUGAUUGAUUGAUGUUUUCCGCGACACUCAACAAUUUUUCAGCUAUCUGGUGGCGCCCAGUUUUUAUUGGUGUAAAAGAAGAGAGAACCCAGAUACAAUGUAUCUGGGAAGAGACCACCGACCUUCCGAAAGUAAUCUGAGCUUUCUCACUUACCGGCGCGAGCGGGAUUCGAACCCGUGCCGACCAGAGGUGAGAGGUUGUGUGAUUUUAAGCGCGAUGCUCCAACCACUCGGCCACGUAGGCCCUUGGACUUUUGGAAUCCUUUGGACAGUAUCCGUUUAGGACCUUUGGAAUCCUUUGGACAGUAUCCGUUUAGGACUUUUGGAAUCCUUUGGACAGUAUCCGUUUAGGACUUUUGGAAUCCGGUGGACAGUAUCCGUUUAGGACUUUUGGAAUCCGGUGGACAGUAUCCGUUUAGGACUUUUGGAAUCCGGUGGACAGUAUCCGUUUAGGACUUUUGGAAUCCGGUGGACAGUAUCCGUUUAGGACUUUUGGAAUCCGGUGGAUAGAAAUGUAUAUGCGUCACAGUAAGUAAACCUGAAGGAGCGAACACUUUAGAAAUCAUGGUGACUACAAACUGUAUAGAAAUGUACAGGACAGUUGUUGUUUAACAUCACAUCAAGUAUAUUUCAAACGAGUGCCAAAUUACUAGAGAGUUGUGUUCAGUGAAGAGCCUUAAGAACGACGUUACGUUUGUGAAAUCUUACAAGCGAUGCUUAUUAUCGUGCUAUAGAUAUUAGAAUAUAUUUUUUGUUAUCCUUGAUUUUUAUGUAUACAUGCAUUUCUAUAUACAUAUAUUUCAUAUACAAUUCACUUAUUAUUUUUCAUAAAUUAACUUUUUUUUAUUAUCACCAAACUUUCAAGUAGAAAUUAAGAAAUACAAACAUUAAGAAAUUUGAUGUUACAAACAUAGUUUUCAUAUUCUUUAGAAAUAUUGAUUUGGCAGAGCUUCAUUUAAUUUUAUUUCUAAUAUAACAAAAAUACAACUUAGAAAAAAAGACGUAAUUCUUUAUUUCUGUUUUAUAAUUAAUCAUAUUUUAUAUAUAUAUUUUUAUGAUAAUGAUUUUUGUUACAAGUUGUUGAAUUUUAUCCCGAGUCCAGCAGUUGUUAUUGUUUGAAAUUGUUGAUUUUAUAAAGUUACGUUUAUAUCACACAUUCUAUUUAUACAUUAUUUACAUCUAGACACUGGUGUCACAUGCUAAUGAAUGAUAACUGAUUACGUGUAUUAGUCAAUAUAUGAUAUAUUUUUGAUAUAUUAUUUUAUAAUUCUAUUCUACAUAUGAUCGAAUUGAUCGUUUUAAUCGUGUUCAUAGUUUUCUGUUACGAGAACCUGCUAGAGCCCUGAAACACAGUGACUAAAAUUUCUAUUUUUAUGCCAUUCCAUUCGAUUUGAUUUUUUUUUUAAGUGAUGCGAUUCCCCCCCGUAAAUGUUUGAUCAACUAGUAGAAAGAAAAAGGAAUGAAAUAUGCUUAUGCUAAUAUCAUACAUAGAUAGCAUUAUAACAGAAUAUUAUUAAUAAGAUAAUUAUUUUUAUUCAUGGUGUUCAAUUGUUAUCUGAAAUAAAUUAAACUGCACAUGUAAUGUUCGUCUCGUCAUCAAUGAUGUAAUUUCAACACGUUUUGCGUUUUCCUUAUUGUAUACAGCCACGUACUUCUAUUCACCAUUGACCUAAAAAAAAACUCCCAAAUAUUUACUUAUGUGCGUCAUUCAAGUAACGUAAAUUCUAUAAAUAGUCAUCUAUCGUUUCCAAAUAAAGGUAUAGAAACAGAAGAAGGCGGAAUUUCGUAAAGUGCUGAUCAUGCUUUUGUAAUUAUAUUUCAUGACUUAGGCGUACAUCGGAAGGUCCUGUGAAUAAUGGGUAUAUAUUUUGACAUGAAGAACUAGUGUGGGCAUGAGGAUUUUCUCUUCCAUAAUGAGUAAGUCUUUAUGUCGGAUUAAUCUGUUUCGAAAUGUACAUUUGUUUAUUGACCAAUGUACUUGCAGUAAGUACUAUUACUGUGACUAAUUGCCUGUUGAUCUUUUGGUGAUUACAGCAUCGAGUCUGCGUGUUCUUUGUCAUCGGGUAUAAUUACUUUAAUAAUUACUUUAUCGUGGUCAGCUGAUGGGGUGGUAGUUCCUAUUGAAGGCAGGCCUCACCCUGUAUUUUGUCCUAAUUUUUUGGUCAUUAAUUUGAUUUAUAAUUGAUAUAGACAGGUUCAUUACGUGGAAAUUCACGAGCGUCUAAAGCUGUAACCUUAGAUACGCCUCCCUUCACAUACAUAUGCGACGUUUCUCAAAAGAUGUGUAAUUUUCUUGACAUUUCACGCACAAAUCACCUGAAUCCAUAAUUGUAAUCAUUAUAAAUUACAUUGGAAUUAUACAUGUAUAGAUAAAGGUAAUAUAAUACUUCAACAUAAGAUUUAAACUAAUUUCGGGAAUCAUACAAAAAUUCCUAGUAUCUAGGAGAUUAGAAAAAAAAAAAUAGAAAUAUAAUGUCAGAAACGUAUUGCAUGUCCUUAAACCCCCUCCACGCUAACGGCUGUGUUGGUGUUCUAUGAGGUUAGCAGUUUUGAUAAUCAGACUUUGAAAUGUUGACGAUUUAAGAAAUAUGCUGAGUCAUAUGAUCAAAAGAAUCAUAUACAUAGAAAAAUUAAUCAUAAAAGCAAUAUAUUUGAAAUGCCGCAAUUGCCAUUAAAUGACAAUCAUUCGAUUCAGAUGCAAUGCAGGAAUUUUAUUGAGAGAUCUAUACCUUGAAUUUCUUACAGGUUUUUAAACAGUUGAGACAGGAACUAAAUAGUUCCAUUUUAC